AUGGAAGCUAAGGAGUUUGUUUCAGUUUGCGUUGGAAUGUCCAUGAGAGUUCUGGACCGACUCGUUUUUGCUGCAUUCACCUGCAUUCUCGCUCUAGGAGGGUCAAUAGUGGGGAUGAUAAUGGGAGGGAUGAAGGGACAGAGAUCAGAAGCAGGAAUACUUGAUGGAGCUGGGAAAGGAGCAGUAUCAGGAGCCAUUGCUGCUGUCGAAUUGCUUGAUUUUGCGGUUCACCAUCAUCAUCAGCCUGUGUCUAAGGUUGCCUUAUUAAGCAGUUUAUUCAAUGGGAAGGUCCUAAUGGAAUGGGUAUAUCCAGCCUAUCAAUGGCAUAUUAGGAUACCAGAAACAAUCUACAGAGAAGUAUCGGAUAUUUAUGAUAUGAGAGGAGCGCCAGGAUUGUCCCAGAAAUUGAUUCAAAGCCUCCCUUUGCAUCAAUUCAACUCCACAACUAUGCCAAGUUUAUACAAUGAAUCCUGCUGCUCCAUUUGCUUCCAGGAGUUUGAAGAUGGAGAUGUGAUAAGGAUGCUUCCAAAAUGUGACCAUAUGUUUCACUUUCACUGUAUAGAUAAGUGGCUCAUCCGACAAGGAUCUUGCCCUAUGUGUAGAACUUAUGUUCUUGAGGAUCUUUUUGAUAUUUAGCUUCUUUUUUUGGGUUAAUCACUAAUUAGAUGUUUAUUAGUGUUACUUUUGCUUUUUGUUGGGUUUAAUUAACUUAAUCAUCUCUAGGUCUUCAGGGCCUCUCUUUUAUUCACCUAAAAGAGGUCAGAAACCCCCC